AUGGGGGCACGGCAACAACAACAGGAACUACAACAACAAGCGUCAGCGGCCACAGCUUUUGACUAUCAGCAAACUGAAGUGGCAACAACAGCAGCAGCAGCAGACGCAGACGCAAGCCAUCCACAAUCAAGCGGCAAUUGCAAUUGCAACAACAACAAUAUUUGCGCCGUUGUGCCGACAUAUGCGUUAAAUGCUAAUACAACAACAGCAGCCACCAACUGCAGCAGCUAUGCUACAACAACACCACUUGCAACUUAUGUGCCGUCGGCAAGCACAGCACCAACAACAACAACGGUUGCUACGCCGACAGCUAAUAAUAUGCUGGCGAUUCCCUGCUACGACGCGCAAUGCCUAUUGCAACACCAGCAGCAGCAGCAGCAACAACAACAAGCGCAAUUGUUGCAGCAACAGUUGCUAACAACACACCAUCCAUCAUCCACUUACUAUGUGCAGCAAAUGCCAACCACGGCAUUGUCUGCACUACCACCAUUACCACUACCACAACAACCGUUCUCAUUGCAAAUGCAGUUGCCAUUGUUGGAACAACAACAUAACCAACAAUUGCUUUUGCAACAAUAUCAACGGCAGCAACAACAACAACAACCGCAAAUAGCUGUCUACUUCGCUCCGCAGCAACAGUUCUUGCCACAACAACAACAACAGCAAUUUGUGCAUUAUUAUCCUUAUGAGCCUACCGCUGCUGUCUACAGCAGCUGA